AGGACGAGCAGUGAGCGCUGAGACGGGCGCGGGCAGCUGGUAAAUCAACAACCCACGUCCCCGUCAAAAGAGAUUAAAGUUCAGUUCGGCCAUCAAACGACCCUCGGAAAAAAACAAUGAAUCUGUUUGUGGAAACUUUUCUGUUCCUGGGCACGCUCGUCUACUCCUACCUGGAGGCUUUCGUGAAGCUGUUUGUCCCCGUGAGGAGGAAGUCUGUCAGCGGAGAGCUUGUGCUCAUCACGGGUGCUGGCCAUGGCGUCGGCAGAGCGACCGCCCUCGAGUUCGCCAAGCGCCAGAGCAGGCUGGUCCUCUGGGACAUCAGCAAGCACGGCGUUGAGGAGACGGCAGCAGAAUGCAAGGGUCUGGGGGCCACUGUUGAAGCCUUCGUGGUGGACUGCAGCAAACGGGAGGAGAUCUACAGCGCUGCAGAAAAGGUGAAAAAGGAAAUUGGGGACGUGACCAUCCUGGUGAACAAUGCUGGUGUGAUCACAGCUGCCGACCUGCUCUCAACUCAGGACCACCAGAUAGAAAGAAUGUUUGAAGUCAACAUCCUGGCUCACAUGUGGACGACAAGAGCUUUUCUGCCAGCCAUGAUGAACAACAACUAUGGGCACAUUGUCACGGUGGCUUCAGCAGCAGGUCAUUUUGUGACUUCUUUCAUGGUGGCUUAUUGUACCAAAGUGUUUCCAGAACGUGCCCUGAAUGUUCUGAAGAAGAUGACCGAUGUCAAGUUUGAUGCAAUCAUUGGGCAGGGAAGCACCCAGUGAAAAGCAAGAAUUGAUUCUCGUUUCGCAGUGGCACGAGUGAAAACAGAACAUGUGCUGAGGGUAGUUCAGCUGGUUUGAUACAGAACAAAGACAGGUGCUUCCAGGCCACCAUUUCCAAGCACACAGAAGGGUUUAUCCCGCACCUGCAGCAGGAACACACCUGCAUAAUGUGGAGUGUUAGCUAAGCAGAGAUGCAGCUCUAAAAGUCUAAAGGACUGCUUUGAGUGUACAUCACACUGCCUCUGUCUCGUAGUGUUGAGGCAGACAGGAAUUCCCACAAAGCCUGUAUUUGGGACAGCACAGCUGCCUAUUUGAGUGCCAAGAUUGCUUGAGAAUAUGUUAAUCUGGACACAUCCCUGAGCAAAGCUGUCUUGCAAGAAGGAAUUUAUACAGCAGGUGGGUGGCCUGUUUCACCUCAAUUUAUAUUUUUAUAUGUACAAUGAAUUUCACAUACUUUUGUACCAAGUACCUGAAACAAUAUAGGUGUGUAUGUUAUAUAAUACCUAAUUACAUCGAUUAUCAAUUAUGAAUGAGCACCAUCAAUAUGCCUUUAUGAAUAAAUACAGUUCUUUAACACAAA